CGGCGCGCAUGCUCCGCCGAGCCGCGGCUCCCGGGAGCCGGCGCUGGUCGCGGCGGCGACUGAGGAAGUUUCUGCUUUGCACUCCACCCGGGUAGCGGCUCCGCUGGAGGGACAGCUUCUUCCGGACGCUUGGUGGGCUUCGCUGCCGCCCAUCGUCAACCCAGGCGGAUCAUGGGGUUGCCCAAGGGGCCAGAGGGCCAGGAUCUCCCUGAGGUCGAAACAAGAGAAGAUGAAGAACAAAAUGUCAAGUUGACUGAAAUUCUGGAACUCUUGGUUGCAGCUGGAUAUUUCAGGGCAAGAAUUAAAGGCUUGUCACCUUUUGACAAAGUAGUAGGAGGAAUGACUUGGUGUAUCACCACUUGUACCUUUGAUAUAGAUGUUGAUUUGCUCUUUCAGGAAAACUCUACAAUAGGUCAAAAAAUAGCUCUGUCAGAAAAGAUUGUCUCAGUCCUUCCAAGGAUGAAAUGUCCACAUCAGCUGGAACCCCACCAGAUCCAAGGGAUGGAUUUUAUUCACAUAUUUCCUGUUGUGCAGUGGCUGGUGAAACGAGCUAUAGAAACAAAAGAAGAGAUGGGUGACUACAUCCGUUCCUAUUCUGUAUCCCAAUUCCAGAAAACUUACAGUCUCCCUGAGGAUGAUGAUUUCAUAAAGAGAAAAGACAAGGCCAUCAAGACAUUGGUCAACCUCUCAGAUGUUUACAAGCCACGUCGGAAGUACAAACGCCAACAGGGGGCAGAGGAGCUGCUUGAUGAAGAAUCUCGAAUCCAUGCUACACUUUUAGAAUAUGGCAGGGUAUCCAAUCCUUUGAUGAGAUACGGAUUUAGCCGCCAGAACAAAACAGAGAAGGCUGAGGACAAGAAAACACCACUUCCCACAGGACUGUCAGCUACAGAAAGAGCAGAUGUCCAUGAGGAGGAUGAGCUUCAAGCAGCUGAAGAGCAGCGUAUUCAAUCACUGAUGACCAAGAUGACCGCCAUGGCAAAUGAGAGCCGUCUCACCGCAAGCUCCGUGGGCCAGAUCGUGGGCCUCUGCUCUGCUGAGAUCAAGCAGAUUGUGUCUGAGUAUGCAGAGAAGCAGUCUGAGCUGUCAGCUGAAGAAAGUCCAGAAAAAUUAGGAACCUCCCAGCUACAUCGUCGGAAAAUUAUUUCCUUGAACAAGCAGAUUCUACAGAAGACCAAACAUCUGGAAGAGCUGCAAGCAAACCAUACCAACCUCCAAGCCAGAUAUAAUGAAACAAAGAAAACACUAACAGAGUUGAAGAAUCAUAGUGAGAAACUGGAUAAAGAGCAAGCAGCCCUUGAGAAGAUAGAAUCCAAAGCAGAUCCAAGUAUUCUGCAAAAUUUGAGAGCGCUUGUAGCCAUGAAUGAAAAUCUGAAAAGUCAGGAACAGGAAUUUAAAGCACAUUGCCGUGAGGAGAUGACACGGCUACAGCAGGAAAUUGAAAACCUGAAAGCUGAGAGAGCACCAGAUGAGAAGACUCUCGCCAAUGAAGGAGGGCCAGAUGGUGUGCUGACCUCUGUGAUGACUCACAAUGAAGACCUAGAUAGGCGAUAUAAUAUGGAGAAAGAGAAACUUUACAAGAUCCGUUUAUUACAGGCUCGAAGAAAUCGAGAAAUAGCGAUUUUGCACCGCAAGAUUGAUGAAGUGCCCAGCCGAGCGGAGCUAAUACAGUAUCAGAAGAGAUUCAUUGAACUCUACCGCCAGAUUUCAGCAGUCCACAAAGAAACCAAGCAGUUCUUCACUUUAUAUAAUACUCUGGAUGACAAAAAGAUUUAUUUGGAAAAAGAGAUUAGUUUACUCAAUUCAAUUCAUGAGAACUUCUCACAAGCCAUGGCCUCUUCUGCUGCCCGGGACCAGUUUUUACGCCAGAUGGAACAGAUCGUAGAAGGAAUUAAGCAAAGUAGGAUGAAGAUGGAGAAAAAGAAGCAAGAAAAUAAAAUGAGAAGAGACCAGUUGAACGACCAGUACUUGGAACUGCUGGAAAAGCAGAGACUAUACUUUAAAACUGUGAAAGAGUUUAAAGAGGAGGGUCGAAAGAAUGAGGUUCUGCUGUCCAGGAUGAAAGCAAAGGCUUCCUGAUCACUCCUGGCCAUUUUCGUAUGUCACUGAUUUUUUAUUUAAAUGCCAUGUAUCAACUACAGACAUGAAAUGGUUCUGAAGGCAACAGUAGAGAGGUACAGGUGUAUUAAUUUCAAAUUCCUGAAUGUUUUCUCUCUCUGCUACUGUUUCAUCUCUACUAGCUGUUGAUGGAAUAAAAAAAUGUAAACACUGGCUUGGAUAACACCCUGUUGUCCUGUGAGGAAAUGUGAGGAGUGCUUACUGUCUAUGUCCACUCAACUUUUAUCCCUUCAAUAAUAUUGCACUUUUUAAGGUACUUAUAUUUGUAUAGACUCUGAAUAAAAAAUUCUUUUGUCCUGCAAA